GACGCCAUUUUGAUGAAACAGCGACGACAGGGCACAUUGUCGUCUUGUUGCCUCGUCGUCGAAGAGAUUUUUGUGGAGAAAAAAACAUCGCUGGCUUUAUUUUUUUUCUUGUAAAACGUUUUUUUGCUCUCCCGGCGAGUAAGAGAAGGAGCACACUCCGAUGGAUCCCGAGAGGAGAAAGACACCGUUUCACUUUAGCGGGGAUUUAUCGUUAGUCAUAGCUCGUUAGCUCGGCGGCUUUCGUUUUUCGUCUUUUUAUUUCCGAAUUACUCGGCGAGUGUGGGUUGUUAUGGUUGACUUAAAUCCCGUGGACUCAUUCUGUGGACUAUUUUUGUGACGAACUAAACCCAAAGGCAGCAAGCACUGGCUGGACUCCGGUUAGCAACAUUAGCUGCUAACUAAGCGGCCUUGCCGUGCUUUGCUCUUCCCCCGCCAAAGGACUACCGGUGGCGGACGCGGCCACCUUUAGCACGCCGCUCUGUCGGUAGAGGCGAGCUCGGACAGCCUCGCCCCUCUCGGUUGGAUUUUCAGGGCGUUGUUUGUGUGUGUCGCCUUUAUUUUGGACUCGAAAGGACUUGACUAAAAGGCACAUGGCGCCGUCAACUGGCGCGCCGGCCUUUAAUCUCACGCGUUGGGAUUAAACAAGGACUCUGCGUCAUUGAUUCGCCCUCCAUUUUUCUUUUUUUGUCCAGUGUCUCUCAAGACCAUUUUGACGCAUUAAAAAGUUACCAGGUUUGGCCUCCUGUGAUUUGAGUGUUGACGCUGUUUAUUUUUGGGGGGUUUGGUUAUCCGAAGCCUGUGUCUCUUAUCUCCCCGUCCCCAACCCUCUUUCUCUCCCAAUCAUUGUUUUAAAAAAAGUGUGGCAAAUAUGUCGUGUGUUCACUACAAGUUCUCCUCCAAACUGGACUACAACACGGUCACGUUCGAUGGGCUGCACAUCACCUUGAGUGAGCUCAAGCGGCAGAUCAUGUCCAGGGAGCGCCUCAAGGCCACAGACUGCGACUUGCAGAUCACCAAUGCGCAGACACGAGAAGAAUAUACGGACGAUGAAGCUCACAUCCCCAAGCAUUCGUCCGUGAUCGUCCGCAGAACGCCGAUUGGCGGCGUCAAACCAGCUGGCAGGACGUUCAUUGUAGAUCGUUCUGACACGUCAAUGGCGGGAUCGUCGAGACCCACCGACUCCUCACCUUCUAUGUCUCUCGCCCAACUCACCAAGACUGCUAACCUGGUUGACGCGAAUGCAUCUGAGGAAGACAAGAUUAAAGCCAUGAUGACUCAGUCCAACCAUGAAUAUGACCCUAUUCAUUACUCCAAGAAGGCAGUCGGACCGCCACCAGCUCACUACCUCUGUUACCGUUGCGGAAAGACCGGUCACUACAUUCGGCAGUGCCCCUUGCUCGUGGUCCAGGAUAAAAAUUUGGAGGCUCUAAAGCAGGUGAGAACCAGCAAAGGGAUUCCUCAGAGUUUCAUGGUCAAAGCUGAGCCCGGCACCAAAGGAGCCAUGUUGACCAGCACUGGAGAAUAUGCCAUACCAGCAAUUGAUGCGGAGGCAUACGCACAGGGGAAGAAGGAGCGUCCGCCAUUUGUUCCACAUGAUCAGUCGUCUUCCGAUGACGAUUCUGAUCCCAUCCCUGACGAGCUGCUGUGUCCCAUCUGUAACGAUUUGAUGACGGAUGCAGUAGUCAUUCCUUGUUGUGGGAACAGCUACUGUGAUGAAUGCAUCAGAACGACCUUGUUGGACUCUGAGGAGCACGUUUGCUUCACGUGCAAACAGUCGGAUGUUUCGCCUGACAACCUCAUUGCUAACAAGUUCCUUCGACAGGCCGUAAACAACUUCAAGAACGAAACUGGCUACACAAAACGCGGACGCAAACAAAUCCAACCUUCGGCCCCUCCUCCCCCGCGGCCUCCUCUCAUGAACAGGCCUCUCCAGUCCAGGCAGCAGGACCCCCUAAUGGCCAACAUCUCCCAACCUCCACCUCCUGUUCUGCCUCAGCCCGUUACUACCGCUAAUGUGGCAGUCCCCAAGGCUCCGACCCCGCCCAUUGCACUUCCAGCCACGAACACGCCCACCCCUACACCUUCGCCGCCCCCUCAAGCAGAUGUCACUGAGGAGGAAAGUAAAGAAACCUCGCCGGUUCCACCGCCCACGGUUGACCGCGGUUCUCCUCGGGUGUCCGGGAGCCAGGGAGAGCCUCCCCCACCGGGUGAGACAGAUGCUCCCCAACCCAUUAUAACGCCAGGCCCGCCUAAAAACACAGAAAGCAGACCACAGCCUUACAAUUUGCCUCUCCUUGGUGCUCAUCCAUCGUCUCGACCGCCGUCUCAUCUUUCAGGUCUGCAUUCCCGGCUCCACCAACCUCACAGGGACAGGGGUGGAAGACACUGGGAAAGGUCCUACAGAAGCAGAGGUGAACGCCCUUCCACCCACCUCCAGACAGCUCAGCUACCUCUCCCCACUCCUCCCCUCUAUGUGUCACCCUCCCUCUAUCCACCCCCGCCCCAGGCCUACCCGCCCCUGUACCCUGCCGGACCCGGCCUUAUCCCGCCACCUACAUUGGGUUACCAGCCUCCACCCAUGUACGCUCCUGGGCCACCAGGUGUCAACCCUCCCUGGGGAGCACCCGGUGGCCAGCCCCCUCUGCUCCCUCUGCCCUCUCCCCUCAGUCAGCCCCCUCUCUCCAAAGAAGACUUUUACAGGCAGCGGCAUCACCGACAAGACAACAUUACAUCCAAACUUGACGAGUUUACAAAAGACUUCCACAAAGAACUAAUGAAGUACCGAAAUGCACCAAAGAGACAGAAACCAUCAUAUUCUAGGUCCCGAUCGUAUAGCCGCUCUCCAUUCAGCCGCUCUUACACUCGUUCUCGCUCCAGAUCCAGAUCUAGAUCAAGGUCUUACUCGUAUACCCCGAGUAGAUCCCGAUCACGUUCACGCUCCCAUGGGCGGCCAUAUCCCCGCUCGCCUUACUCCAGACGCAAUGGCCGCAGCUAUGGACGCUCCCGAUCGAGGUCGCGCUCCCGCUCGAGAUCGUAUGGGUACCGGCGCUCAGGUACGCCACCACCUUCUUUCCGUGGUGCUGCUUGGGAAGAGACCGAAGGGGCACCACCAUACCGAUCUAGGUCUCGCUCCCGCUCUCCGGGCGGUUACCGGAAUCGCAGCCCUGGUGGACGAAAGCCACCACCGCCUGAAUUGGCGCCUUUUGAGCAGAAGGGUCUUAGCCCUGGCCAUCAGGAACACUGGAAUCGGGAACGCUACCGCCAGUGGGAGCGUGAUUAUAGGGAAUGGUACAAGAAGUAUUACAAGGACUUUGAGAACCAACAACAGCUGAUGUAUCAUCGGGGUAGUAGAGAGAGAGAGCGAGAACGGGAACGAAUAUCCCCGAUGCAUCGGGAGUACUCGCCCCAAAGCAGAGGGAGAAGUCGUCGAGAUGAGAAAGUGCCACCAACUCACAAUCCUCCGUCAUCCUCAUCAUCGGGAACUAAGAGCAACCCAAAGGUCCUGAAGACCAAGAAAGUCAAAAAGAGGAAAACCGGUGGAGAGGGCGAGCAAUCGCAGCAUUCUGUAGACAGGGGUGAUGCCACACCCGUCAGAGAUGAACCCAUGGACGACAUCCUAUCACCAAGCAAAACGCAACCGGUUGCUCCUAAACCAGCAACAUCCACGGCCAGCUCCAAGGCUCCCGCAGCUAAAAGUGCCACAACAAUGGCAAAACUCAAGACCACGCCCAAGACUGACAAGGCCAAGAAGGAAAAGGGUCAGAAGGUAAAACCCAAAGCCAAGGCCGAUGCUUCCAAAGUCAAAAGUGACAAAGUAAAGAAGAAAACUGGGGAAUCUGUGGUGAUCAAAAAGAAAGAGCCCUCUUCUGUAGCUGUUCCUGCUGCUGCCGUCGCUGCUCCAGCCAAAACUUUAAAAAGCAGCAAAGCCAAACCAGAAGAGUCCUACAAUUCAUCAGUGCCGAAAAAGGAAAAGCCUAAAAGCUCUUCUUUGAGACCACCCCUACGAAAGACACCACCACCCCUACGAAAGACACCGCCACUGUUCUCCCAUGGCCUACCUCUGCCGCAUCCGUCUCUUCAAGAAAGCAUUAGACCUGGCAAUGACAACAGAGGGCGAAGGGACAUCCCACAUGCCGCCAGCCUCCUCCCUAUCCCCCUCCCUCAUCAACAAGUACUCCCCUACCUUCACAGAUUUCCCCCACGGAUGGGUGAGGAGGGCCGCUCCCUACUCGGGUCUCCCCCUGGAAAACUUCGUAGACUGGACGGACCCGGUAUCGGAGUUGAGGUCUACUCACACCUACACGAUCCUCAUCAGCUGCCACUCCAGAGAUUCCCACAACCAUCCGACAGACCUGGUCUUCUUCCUGUCCUGGUAGGCCGUGAAAUGAUCUGGCCAGACAAAGACCGAAGCACUAUCAGAUCUCUAAUGGACUUGCCGGUCAAGCCAGUUACGCAGAGAAACAUCCCUCUGAACAGAGACCUCGGAAGAAAAGACAACCCCACCUUGGACCGUGCCUCCUUGGGAGGCCAUAAGACCACCGCGGAACGUUCUGGCACCCUCAAUAAUUCAGAUGGACCUAGUAAUUCUGAAGGUGGUGAAGCAAAGGAACGGCCGUCUUCCUCUGAUAGUGGAAUCUCCAGAGAAAAACCUGUGGUUAAAUCUGUGGUGUCUGAUAAAGAUUCUGACCGGACCUCGGGAGUAGACAGGGAGCGGGAAGGUAACUGGAGAACGGACAGAGAGCGUGACAGAGGUUCAGAUAGGGGCCGGGAAAAAGCCUCGCGGUCAGACCGAGACCGGGAUAAAGCUUCUGGAUCGAACAGAGAUCAGGAAAAAACGUCAGUGUCUGACAGAGAUCGUGAAAGAGCCUCAGGAACGGACAGAGAUCGGGAAAGGGGUUCAGACAGAGAUCGGGCUAAAGCUUCUGGCCGAGACCGAGAAAAGGCUUCUGACCGUGAUCGCACGAAAAUGUCCAGUUCAGACCGUGAUCGUGGUAAAGCCUCCAGUUCAGACCACGAUCAUGGUAAAGCUUCCAGUUCAGACCGCGAUCGUGCUAAGACAUCAAGUUCAGAUCGCGCUAAAGCAUCGAGUUCAGACAGUGAUUGCACGAAAGCUUCUGACAGAGAUGGGGAAAAAGCCACAAAUUCUGACCGAAAAGUUAUAGGAUCUGAUCAAGACAGGACUCUGCCUUCUGAGAAUGAGCGUGACAGAGAGUCAGGAUCGAGCUCAAAGAAGGUCUCUGUUGCGAAAGACGACACGGGGGAAAAGUUGCAAAAGACAGAGCGCAAAAACUCCGGAAGUGCAGUUGGUCGAUCUGUUUGCUUGGACAAGUUGACCAUCGCUGAGAAAUCGGCCAUCAGCAAGAAGGGACACAACCAGGACAAGCAGAGCACUUCUUCCGUAGAAGGCACAGAGAAAACGGCAAAAUCCGAUCGUAGUGUUUCCAAGGAGAGAGCAACAAAAAGCGGAUCAACCGGGAGGAAAUCCGAUGCUGCUUCAAAAGAAGAAUUUCUAUUUGCAGGGAAAGAGGGGGAAGCAAAAAUUGUUCGAAGCAAACCCAGGAUCAGUCGUAAGGUCUUAUCCAGUCAACCUGCCAGUGCCACAAGUAGAUCCACUGAGGAUCCUAAACUGAAUCCUGGAGAGAAAGAGGAAGAGAAGAAGACGGACUCUUCUACCGCUUCAGAUCAUGUUACGGCUAGCCCCAAAAGUGCAGGAGAGGAGCUCCUCAUUCAGGCACCUCCUCGCUCCAAGUGGGAGCGAGAAGAUGAUGAAGAGGAGGAGGAGGAACAACAGCAGCAGCUGGUGUCUGCAAUCGCGGCUGUGGUAGUGGUUCCUCAAGAGACUCCCAAGGAGCUGUCACUUGUACCCCAAAAGAAUGAGGCAAGCCGGGUUGAUAAGAAGGUUGUAGCCAGGGAGGAGAAAAGAAGGGCGCCCAAGGAUGAGAGUAAAAGUGGCAAACCUUCCAAAGUCAAGAUUGUCCGGGAGGAGAGGAAGGCGGGUAGAGGAGAAAGGGGGUCAAAAGCAGAGGCAAGAGAAGGGAAGGAGCGUGGGUCACCUGGAAAAGAGGAGAAGAACACUAGCGGCCCAGAGCCCAAGAGACCGCGCCUGUGCUCAGACCUGGCCCGCGAAACGGACGAGGCCGCCUUCGUGCCCGACUACAGCGAGGGUGACGAGGCCUCUGACAGCAGCCCUUCGGCCAGCCAGCGCUCCAACAGCAACCGCAGCGACACGGCCUCCGGCGCUUCGGCCGGCGGGGCCGCCGCAGGGGACAAGAAGAAGAAAAAGAAACACAAAAAGCACAAGAAACACAAAAAGCACAAGAAGCACAAAGUGGCCGACAAGGAAGGCGGUGAGCAUAAGGAUCACAAACAUAAACAUAAGAAGAAGAAACACAAGAAGAGCAAAGACAAAGACACCGAGGAAGCUAAGGUCGAGGACGAGGUGCCGCAGGCCGUUGCUGAAACGAAGACCGCCGAUCCUUGAUGCUGCUCUGAAAUCGAGAGAACUGAGACGAGAACACCAAGGAAGUCAAAGCUAAGAUUGAAGUGUGAGAAACAGUAGCUGAAACCCUAGUUUUGACUCACCAGGAAAAAAACAGCCUAAACAAGAGUAAGUCGAGACUGGGGAUGAGGAACCGUGAGGUUCUGGAACCCAGAUCCCCAAAAAGAGUAACGGUAACAAAGCUAAAGUGGAGGCAAAAGUCAAACCUAAAGGCCAUUCAUUUACUCAGGGAUGCAAAGGAGCUUAAUAUCUCCACUUGUUACUUCACUGUACAUAAAACCAGAAAGUCUUGGUUCCCUUGUGAGGAACUUGGGUUACUUUCCUGUGAAGGAUCUCGCGCAUUAAUGGCGUGUACCUGUAAAUAUUGUUAGUCACAAUUUCAUGACGAAUUAUAUGUUACCAGAACAGUUUUCCUGGCUUGGCCAAGAUACGAAUUCAUGGCAUAUUCCUGUAAAUAAUCUCGGUCACACUCUCACGACUAAUCGUACGUUUCAAGACAGUUUCCCGCAUUAUGACUAAGCGAUUGUUGUCUCGUCAUUUGGGACUUGUUUUGUUAGUAUUGCACUUAAACGUGACCAUUCGUGGAAUUUUGCAGUGCAAUUACGCUACACUGGAUGCAAAAAUGACAACACAGACGUGUUUCUUGGGGUCGAGCGAGUGGGUUUUGUCGUAGUUUUCCCAGUCUGAUGGUGUGAGUGGACAGAAAAUGAGAAUUCUUACUGAUGGCUUGUUUCUGUUUUUGUUUAGUUUUUUUUAAUUAAAGUUAUCUGAUCCCAAAAAUCACUGAUUUUUGUGUUUAUUUGAACGCCAUAAAAAUAAUUGUUUGUUGCAGGCUGAUAAUCAAUUAAUCGGCCAAUUAAACUGUAAAUCGGAUAAAUGUCCCUUUUUUCAAUUACCUUCACAGUUAAACUUGGAAGUAGUUUUCAGCAUGUUGUACGUAACAAGACAAAAUCAAAUUUCAAAGCACACUCUUGUAUGACAAUUCACAAUUUGAAUGGGAUUUUGUGUUGAGACUAAGCAGCGAUUGGCUAGCAACUGUUUGGGUGUACCCUGCCCAUAGUUAGCUGGGAUUGGCUCCAGCACCCACUGAGGAUAAGCGGCUCAGAAAAUUAAUAAAUGAACUUUACUAUCUAACAAUAACUUCACCAAUAUGUUUAUCCAAAACAAAAACGGGUGCUUAGGACACAGAUUAGCAUUAUUGCUAACUAGCCGUGAUAAGUAGUAACGUCUCAUCAACUAAAUGCAAUGCACUUGGCUUCAUUUACUCGCAGGAUCUAACAACACAAAAGACUAACUCGAAAUUUCGUCGUAUUGAUUCAGCAACCCAACCAGAGUGUAGCAGUGAACUGUCUCUUGCACUAAUCACUGGUACACACGCGUGCAGCCUCACAUUACACACAAACUAGGACCCAAACAGGACUGCUCAUAGCUGCCGGCAGAAAUUGAUUAUCAAAUUCGUUAGCAGCUAAUUAAUUGAAUCGAUUAGUUAUUGCAGCCUCAUCAAGAAACUAGUUUAGAUAGUAAGAUGUCUGAAAAUUGGCAAAAAUGUGUUUUCCAAAAUAAAAGCAGAUUAUUUUCAUGAAGAUAUCUGAUAUUUACAACUGAGAAGUUACAUAUAUAUAAUUUCGACAACUUAGACAAGUUUAAUGUGAAGAAGAUCCUAAACGAUUAAUUGGUUAUUAAAAUAGUUGGUAAUUUUCAGACGAUAAACUGCUACUUUUUUCCUUUAUUACGAAUCCUGAUUGUAUGAUGUUGAUUUAUUCGGGUUAAUCGGUAACACAUUAUUUAAUAGCGUCACAAGACUCAUAAUUUUGUCAUGACACUAUCAUGGGCAUUACUGAAUGCUUAUGACGGAUGUCAUUGUCAUCUGGCAAAUUAUGUCACUAACUCCAUUGAUGUCCAGCUUGGAUCUUUUACAUCCAUUCAAAAGUGAGAUAAUUUGCCGAAUAACACUAAAUGACAUCUGUUAUAAGCAUUCAUUAAUGUUAAUGACAGUGUCAUGUCAUAAUUACGAUUGUCUAUUGACAAUCUUAUGGCGCCACUGUUAAAGUGUUACCAAAUACCAUAACU